AUGGCUAGUGAAGGUGGUUUUGCCCUGCCAGGGCGAGAUCCGGCUUGGAAGUAUUGUUUACCGAUUGAGCGUAACCGAAAUGGAACAAUUUGUAAUUUCUGUGGGUUGGUGAUGAAAAGUGGAGGCAUCACGCGAUUCAAGUUUCAUUUAAUGCAAAAAGACCCGCAUAACAACACCAAAAAGUGUCCGAGAGUGCCGCCCGAAGUGAAAGAAGAGAUACGAUUCCUAGUGCAUGACAAAACAAAAGCAAAAGCAAAGAAAAAUGCAGAUAUUGAAGAAAUUCGUGCUCAAUUACGUGGCACAAUGGGGACUCAUCAUACACAUUUGACAGAUAUGCACCCAGAUGAGCGGGAUGCAUAUCGAUCUGCAGUUCGUGCCUCGAAAGCAUCAGAAUGGGAACGUGAACAAUAUGAGAAUAUUGUAGGAAGCAAACGCAAAACAGGGGAGUCUUCACAGUCUCCUGGAUUACCGUCGAUGAUGCGAAAAUCACAUAGUAUGCGACAUUUGCAACAAUCACCCCCUCUUGCCCCUUCACUUUACAAGUCUUCUGCAGCAAAACAAAAAAAUAUCAAAGAUAUAUUCAAGGGUGGUGCAAUUAAAGAAACGAUGGGACGCUUAAUUAGCAAAUUCUUCAUUUAUGAGAGCGUCGCACCCGCAAAAGCAAAGUCUCAUCACUUCAAGAAUAUGAUUAUUGGUGCACAACAAGCUGGAAUGGGAAUCGAACCUCCAUCUCCAUUUGACAUAAAGAACAAGUACUUGGAAAUGGAGUACAGAGAAAUGGAAGCUUAUGUGAACCAACAAAGAGAAAAAUGGAAGACAUAUGGGUGCACAAUAAUGUCAGAUGGAUGGACAGGGCCCACGAAAUUAAGUAUUAUUAAUUUCAUGGUUUAUUCUAAAGGGAGCACGGUCUUCCUUAAGUCAGUUGAUGCAUCGAACUAUAUCAAAGACCACAAGUAUAUAUACGACCUAUUGAAGACUGUUAUCAAAGAAGUCGGUAAAGAAAAUGUGGUCCAAAUUGUCACAGAUAAUGGGUCGGCGUUCAUGAAAGCAGGGAAACAAUUGAUGAAGAAGUAUAACUUAUACUGGACUCCGUGUGCGGCGCACUGCAUCGACUUAAUCUUUGAAGACAUUGGUAAAAGACCCAGUGUUAUCGAGGUGAUAAACAAUGCUCGCAAGAUAACUAACUUCAUUUACAAUCAUGGUUGGUUACUAGCACAAAUGAGACUGUAUUGUGGUGGAGACAUUGUUCGACCAGGAGCUACAAGGUUUGCUACCAAUUAUAUUGCUCUUGACAGUCUUCUUAAAAAAAGGGUCGAUUUGAAAAAAUUGUUUAUGAGUGAUGAUUGGGCACAACACAAGCUGAGUCGAACAAAACAUGGACGAGAGUUGGAGCAAUUAUUGUUUGACCAUGCGUAUUGGGACAGAAUGACAAAUAUAGUUUCAUUAUAUGAGCCAUUAUACGUGGUGCUUCGACUUAUGGAUUCUGAAGUUGUUCCCACAAUGCCAUUUGUGUAUGAGCUUAUGCACGUGAUGAAAACGAACCUUACGCGUCAAGGAGCUGGAGAUUGGAUGUUCAAAAUAAUACAAGAUCGUUGGGAGAAAACACUAAAACAUCCACUUCAUGCAGCAGCAUACUUCUUGAAUCCAAGAUUUCAAUAUAGGCGUGGAGUUGGUAGUGAUCCAGAACUACUUCAAGCGGUCCAUGAUGUUUUUGCAAAAUUAGAUCCAACUACUGAAUCACUUGGUCAAUUUGGAAAUGAGCUUGUGCUUUUUCGAGAUGCAAAAAGAGGAUUCGGUGAUCGAGCGGCAAUUGCAGCAAGGUCAACCAUGGUGCUCGAGCACCAAGGGACCAGCAUGUGUAGGAGCAAGGGACCACCGUGUGUAGGGGCAAGGGACCACCGUGUGCGGCGAAAAGGGACCACCGUGUGGGGCAAUCAACUAGUGAAGAGCUGGCAAUGGGUUUUUGGAGUGGGGGACGAUACCGAGCAGCAUGGGACGUGUGGCAAGGAUUACCAACUCGCCAUGGUGGUGGUUGAGGGUGGUGACGUUUUCACUGGACCAAGAGUAGUGAAGCUGGUAGUAGCUUAUAGGAGAAGGAAGAAACAGGGGACGGGAAGCUAA